AUGACUUCGUUGGUGGAAUCAGAAGCCCAUUUCGUGCAGCGUGCAGCUGAGGUGCGGCUGUCAGACGCUUCAGUUCAGGCGUUGCGGCGCCAUGGGUUCAGGACCUUGGGGCAGCUCGCUUACACAGUGGGCCAACCAGGCCAGUUGAUACCGGAGGCUGAGUUCACCGAUUGGUGCCGCAAUCAUGUGCCAGCAGCAUCAGCAGCUGAUCUUGCAUCGUUGAAGCGGUUAUUGUUUGAGGCACAAACAUUAGCACUCACGCAGCUCCGAGCUCAGGUGACCGAACCUGAUUCAGCUAGUAAGCGGGUUCCAGAGGCUGAGCGUGAGCGCCGGCUUCAGCAGUUGCGGGAUGAGUUGAGUGGCCUCAACAUUGAAGGGCCUCUGGAGCCGGGGCGGAAGCUUUUGGACGAAUGCUCUCAUCAGGAAGCUGUCGGUCAAUUGAAAUACCUUUCCCCCGACAAGUGUGUCAGUCGCCUGCAUGAGGUCCAGGAGGCGUUGCGGCGUCGGGGCCUAGCUUACACAUUUGCCCAAGCUGUCAGCUGGAAUGCAUAUGAUAAGUAUGUGACCAAGCUGUUUGGUCAUAUGCAUCGUGACCCGCCGCCAAACCAUAAUCGCAUUUCGGUGAGCCAGAUCGUUGAAGCCGAUAGGUUGGUCUUUACCCGUCUCAUUGAGCUUAACAUCAAACCCAAACAGGAACCCAGUGGCGCACGGCCUAUGGACGAAGCCUUGCAUGCAGCACUCGAGUCCUACCAGGUCAGUUUUGCUUUGAUGCAUUUGGCUAGCAAGGGGGGCAACACUCCUCGCCGACCUUGGAAGCGGCCGCGAGUGCAACCGGAUGCCGCUGCUGCCUCAGUGAACCCGGAGGCAAAGAAGGGCAAAGGAAAGGGUAAGAAAGGCAAAGCCGCACCGUGGAUCAGCAUCCCUAAAUUCAUUCGGGACCGGGGCGGUGCUGCGGCCUCUGGUUGUGCCACGGGUGAUGCUCACAUCUUCCAAGGGCACGGCCCGGUCAAGCUUGAUCCCGUCCUCUUCUCAGGUUUGUGUGAAGAGUUUGGCCGGCAGGUUCCUUUCGUUGAUCAUCCUGCGGAAGCUCUCGCCAGGACGAUUCUUGACUCCAAGUCCUUUGAAUUCACUUGCAUAGCUGAACUUGUCAGUUUGCUUCCAUCUGAAGCUCCCGCGCGUUCCGAUGGCGUAAAUCCUGGAGGCCAUUCCUGGACCUCUGGCGCAUACGUCCUCGGUGGCAACCUUGGAGCCAGGUUGAACAUGAAACUUUUUCCUGCGGUAUCGGCCCUACUGGCCGUUGUGCUGCGGGCCGCCUGCGACGAUGCGGUUUUCACCAGUCUUGCAUUGCUUACGAAUCAGUCUGCGUGGUUGCACAGAGACCUCAAUAACGCCUGUGAAUCGCUCAACACAGCGGUUGCCUUAUCAAGUUUCAGUGGUGGCGGCAUCUGGGUUCAAGGCGGCGGCACCGUGCAGUGCCCACUUGAUCCGAGCUUGGAACCAGGAUGCAUUCACUCUUUUGCUGAUGGAGUUGUGCAAUUUGACUCACACAGCCUGCAUUGCACUCAGCCGUGGGCAGGUACUAGGUGCAUUCUUGUGGGUUUCGUUGUUAAGGGCUACCAGGCUUUCUCGCCCGACCUGAUAGGCGACCUUUUGAAACUAGGGUUCAACCUUCCCGACUUAGGCACUGGCGAUGUCUUCGCAGCGCCAUCAGGGGUGUCCAGCUUUCCAGUUGUACUUGAAAUUUUCUCCGGCGCGGGUCGUCUGACGGCCCAGCUCAGGGCUCGUGGGGCCUCUGGAUCUUUAGCAGUCGACUCCAGUCAAGUGUCUGCACCUGCAGCCCCGCCUAAGGUUCUUGAUGUAGUGACAAAUCAGCAGCUUCUGUCCUCCUGGCUGGAAGCCGAUCAUGUUGUCGGUGUGCAUUUUGCCCCGCCAGUUGUGAUGCCUGCACCCUUGGAACGAGCUGUUCAAUACCUCGUCUCUCGAGCUGUGGAACUUGCCCUUCUUGUGUCCAUUGAGUUGCCGGCGACUUCAACCUUCUGGAGCUCUGCAGCUGGCCGCAAGGUGCGAAGCCUCUGCCCUUACUUGAGAGCUUUCCCUCUUGCUGAUUGUGCCGAUGCCAACGCCAGCUCUUUGUUGGUUAGCAAUCGUGAUGUCUUCGAUGGCUUUGCCACCGCUGCACAUGGCGCGCCUGCUGUCUCCUCUGAGGCGGCUCAGCUUUGGGAUCGAACAUACACUUGGGAGGUAGCUGCAAAGUUGGCCGACGGCUUUGUGCCCCGGCGCUUCCUCUUCGCCGCGCCUCAGGUGGCAAGUACACGAGCUGCGACAAUGUCCCAGCCCAAGGCCUCCAAGUUCCCCGCCCUUGUCUCUGAACAUCAGCAAGUCCUGUUGGUGCGCGGUCACAUGGACUGGCCGGUUGCCCGCAUGGAGCGUUUAAAGUCUGACCUUGAAUUGCCUCCUCACCUUCAAUGCCCCUUGCGUGUCCUUCCAGCUGGAGCUCAGUUGCUUCGGGUUACUAAGACGGUUAAAAAGGGGGUUGGUUCGGGGUUUUCGGGUGAGGAGUGGGUGUCGGCUUGGGGUGUUCCUAGGGAUCCCCAGGAGUUUGUGGCUGCGGCAAUCAGGGCCGGACACCCUUGCAAGUGGGAAGCUGCUCUCCCGCAGGUACUGCAGGAUGCCAUCCAGCGGAACGCAUCUUCUUCAGCCGAGCAAUUAGCUCGAGACCGAGCGCUCUUUUUCAAGACGUGGCUGUCAAGGGCAAAGGAGUUGGAAAGUGAAGAAGCUUCCUUUAAAGCAUCUUUGGCACCCCAUGUGUCCAGCAUUUUGGCACCGAAACGCUUGCUCUUGUUCAAGGAACUCCUUUCCGCUUAUGAGUAUCCGGAUCCCGAAGUUUUCGAUGAGAUCACGCGCGGCAUCCGGCUCACAGGCCAGACGCCGAACACUGGAAUAUUCCCGCCAACAUUUAAGCCAGCGGUGCGCCAAGCUGUUGAUCUUGAACAAUGGGCCCCUGGAGCUAGGUCUAGAGUUCUGGAGUGCAUCAAACCGCAAGGUGAUGUGGACGCCGUGGUCCAUGAGAAGACGGUCGAAGAGCGGGAAAAGGGAUGGGCUACGGGACCCAUUCCUUUGCAAUCACUGCCGCAGGACAGCUUGAUUAGUCGUAGAUUCGGGCUUAGGCAGGGGGAGAAGAUUAGGUUAGUGGAUGACUUGAGCUUCAGCGGGGUUAACGAAUUGGUUACGGUUCAGGAGUCUCCUAAACCCCACGGGCCAGACGUCGUGGCUGCUGCCAUGUUGACGUUCAUGCGACUCGCCCCAGGAGUGCCCCUUCAAGGCCGACCGUAUGAUUUGCGGUCUGCCUAUAGACAGCUGCCGGUGCAUCCAGAAUCUUUGCGACACUCCUACGUCGCUCAUUGGAACCCCACUGCGGGUUCCAUUGAGCUUGAUCAACUGCUUGCACUUCCGUUUGGAGCUUCACGGUCAGUGUUCGGAUUCCUUCGAGUAGCCACAGCCGUGUGGUGGCUGGGAUGUGUGGCGCUAAGCCUGUGCUGGAGCGUCUUCUUUGACGAUUUUAUUACAAUCGCCAAGUCCUGUGACAUCGGACACACGGAGGCAACCGUUUGCACCUUCUUCAGACUUCUAGGUUGGCUAUUCGACGAAUGCGGCUCGAAAGCCGUCGAUUUUAGUACAUCCUUCAAAGCGUUGGGUGUCUUGUUUAAUCUUGCCCAGUCCCCUAAGGGGCUAGUCACCAUUUCCAACACCCCAACUAGGAUCACUGAGCUAACCACCGUAAUUUCUACUUUGUUAGCCUCGCGGAAACUGACAAGGGCGGAAGCACAACGCCUCCGCGGCAGGAUGCAAUUUUGCGAUAGCUUCUUGUUCGGUCGGGCGUCGCGCUUGAGCUUGCAGGCAGUGUCACGACAUGUGCAUUCGACACAUGAUGAGGUGAUUGAUGGAGACUUGUGGGACUCGCUGCUUCGUUUCCACAAUUGUUUGCAGGAGAGUAGGCCACAUGUGGUCACGGCAACUCAUCAGGACUCCUUGUUUCUCUUUACGGACGCCUGCUACGAACCCGGCGCUGCUUGGUGCGCGGGGCUGGGUGCCGUGGUCUUCGGACCCAAAGGUGAGUGCUUGGGAUUCUUCUCCAUGUGUGUUGGUGAGCAAGUGCGGAAGAAGCUUGGUGAGGGUAUGAAAAAGACAAUCAUCUUCGAGCUAGAAUUCUUAGCCCUACUUGUAUCGUUGAUACACUGGAAAGACCUUUUCCGAAACCGGCCGCUUGUGUGUUACCUGGACAACAACACUUCGAGAGAUGUGUGCAUCUCGGGUCGGGGCAAGAGCGUCAUAGCGAAGGCCCUUGCAACGGCUUUGCUCUCGCUGGAAGAUGCAGGGGAGAUUAGGACGUGGUUCUCUAGGGUUCCAUCGCCUUCAAACAUCGCCGACAAACCGUCCCGCGAGCUUUGUGAAUUUCUUGAAAUCAAUGGAGCCACGAUUGUCGCUGACGACGCCUCUCAGGCGCUUCGUGACUGCGUUAGUUUCCUUGGCUGA